ACAUAUAGUACAGAAUAUGAGAAUUUCUUAGGUCUAACAAGUAACAUAUGAGAAUUUUUUACUAGGUCCUUCGUAUGCCUGUCAACUAAUCAAAUUAGCUCGGCUUAUUUCUUUUUUUCCCCUUUUUGUGAACCUAAUCUAAUGAACUCUGAGGCUGAUUGGUUCAUUUCAUAUCUGCUUCUCUAAAUUGUGGCUGAGACAGAAGAUGAAAAUAAAAGACAGGCUUGGAAGCAGGGAUUGCUAAUAGGUUUUGGAGCAGGAUUGGGCAUUCUAAUGUUAGCUUUGCUGCUCUGCUUCGGACUCUACAAGCACAAACAGAAUGUUGUGUCCCAUGUCAGACUCCGAUCAACAAAUCAAUACCCAAGUGAUGCAGACCCAGACAGUGGCAGACUCUUCUUUGGAGUCCCAAUCUUCUCCUACACGGAGCUUCAAGGCGCAACCAAUAACUUUGACCCUUCCAACAAACUCGGAGAUGGAGGCUUCGGCUCUGUUUUCUAUGGGAAGCUUCAAGAUGGGCGUGAAGUUGCAGUGAAACACCUAUUCAACCAUAACUACAAGCGAGUGGAACAGUUUAUGACCGAAGUUGAGAUCCUCACUCGCCUGCGUCACAGAAAUCUUGUUUGCCUCUAUGGCUGUACUUCACGACAGAGCUGUGAGCUCCUUCUUGUCUAUGAAUACAUCCCAAAUGGCACUCUUGCCAGUCACCUACAUGGCCACUCUGCCAAUCCUACAUUGCUGACGUGGCUUAUUCGAAUCAAAAUCGCCAUAGAAAUUGCCAGUGCUUUGGCUUAUCUUCAUGCUUCUGGCAUCAUCCACCGUGAUGUCAAAACCAACAACAUUCUCCUUGACAAGAACUUUUGUGUUAAGGUUGCUGAUUUUGGACUCUCUAGGUUGUUCCCAGAUGACGCCUCACAUGUCUUUACAACUCCACAAGGAACACCAGGCUAUCUUGACCCAGAAUAUCACUAUUGUUUUAGGCUAACCGAUAAAAGUGAUGUGUAUAGUUUUGGGGUUGUGCUUAUGGAGCUGAUAUCUUCAAUGCCAGCGGUUGAUAUGAGAAGGAACAAAGAUGAGAUUAUGUUGGCGAGUCUUGCAGUUAGGAAGAUUCAGAGGAAUGAAUUUGAGGAGUUGGUGGAUCCAUGUUUUGGGGUUGAGAAGGAUGGUGAGGUGAAGAAGAAGGUGUUUGCAGUGGGAGAAUUGGCAUUUCAGUGUUUGCAGAUAGAUAAAGAGAUGAGGCCUUCCAUUGAUGAGGUUUUAGAGAUUUUGAGGAAAAUUGAAGGCGGGAAAGUAGAAGAAGAAGACAAGGAUACAGGGAAAGACGGAAAUGGUGGUGAAGUUUCAAAGAAUACAGCAGAUAUACAAGCACAAGCAAUGACUUCAAUAAACUUUGAUCAGAUAAGGUUGUUCAAGUCAGCAUCUUCUCCAAACAACAUGAUCCAAAAAUGGAGAAAUGGAAAAGUUGAUCAAGCAAAAUUGUUUAGCAUUUAAUCUCUGAGAAGUUUUGGGCACAUAAUUGUUCUUUUUUUAAUAUAUAAAUGUUUAGGUGAGGAAUUAGUUGGGUCUUGAGACUUAUCAAAACUAGGACAACUAUAUAAUUUAUAAGUUAAUUUUUCACUAACUGAAUGAAUUUUUGUUGGCAAUUGUUGAAUACUCAUAUUAUACAUGAAGACAUUGCACUGAGUUCACCCUUCUUUGUAAGUAUCAUGCUCCUAGCUAUGUAGACUUUCCUUUCAUCUCGUUCCAAUCAGAUUACACA